AUGACAGUCUUGGCCAGUAAGGAAGACACAGCAAAGGAGAAAACAAUGCUGAAGGUGGUUUGUCAAAGAAGUAUGCCAUCUGCAAGUUACUGGCAUGUUUUGCCCUUCUUCUUUGCCAUUCAUGAAAUCAACCAGAAUCCAAGACUCUUACCCAACAUCACUCUGGGUUACAACAUCUAUGAAAAUUAUUUUAAUGAAAGAAUAACCCAUGAAGCCAUGAUAGAUUUACUCUCCAUGGGCCAAAAGACUGUCCCAAACUACAGGUGUGGAAGGCAAAACAUUUUGUUGGCUGUUCUGGAAGAGACAGAUUCUGAGCUCUUUCAUUAUGUUGCAGCUAUGUUGGGCACCUACAAGAUCCCGCAGAUCAACUAUGGAAUCAUCAGUCAUGCUUCUGAGAAUAAGUAUCAUUUUCCUUUCUCUUACUGGUUGGGUCCAAGACAAGAACCUCCUCACUUGGUCAUUGUCGAGCUAUUCCUCCAUUUCCAAUGGACCUGGAUCUGCCUCCUUGCACCAGACAAUGAAAAUGGGGAAAAGUUCAGAAAGACAUUUGUGCCUGCAGCCCUCAAGAAAGGAGUUUGCGUUGCCUUCUCAGAAAGCAUCCUGGUGCUCAAUUUUGAAAAGGAAAAAGGCCUGCUGUUAUACUUGAGAAAGAGUAAAGUAAAUGCAAUUGUUUCUCAACUGAACUUGAGCACUGUAAUGACACUGGCAUUAAUAAUCAAAAUCAUGGACAGGAGAGAAAAAUUAGCCAUUGGGAAAGUGUGGGUUGUAACAGCCUUGUCAGAUCUAAGUGUGAGAUGGCUAUACAGGAUCGUUGAUCUCCAGCACAAACAUGCUUUUUUAUCAUUUGUAAUCAAGACACAGACAGGAACCUCCUAUGAUCGUGCUGUUUCUGACUUCAUUGCUUUUGAGAUGUUUGCACGGUCAGCAUUUCAGUGUUCCUAUUCAAGCUCUGGGCUGUCGAGGAAGGUUUGGGAAAGAUGCACAGAAAAAGAGAACCAGGGAAUCCUAUCCCCAGAUGUAGUUGCAAAAAUCUUGUCUGAGGAUGCCUACAGUAUUCGCAAUGCAAUUCAAGUGGUGUCUUGGACUCUCAGUGCUGCCUAUACCUCUCAACUGGGCCAGAAGAGAAGGCAGGUUGGAGCCCACCCAGCACCCCAGCCAUGGCAGAAAGUUCCUGCCAAAGCAAGAUGUAACAAAACCAGUACAUCUUUCCAGCCUUUUGAGGGGCUACAGCAUCAGCUUCAUCUGUUCCUGAAAAACUUCCAGGUUUCCAAUUUUAGUGCAGAUGGAGGCUAUUUGGAGAAGGAUGAAGAUCCUGCUGCUGGAUUUGAUAUCAUUCAGUGGGCUGUGUUUCCCAACAAAUCUACUUCUGGGGUGAAAGUUGGAAGUGUAGAAAAUGAGGCCUCCUCAGAAGUCAAGGUCUCCGUUGAUCAAAGUGCCAUUCUGUGGCCAACAUCAUUUAAUAAGAAGUUCCCUUUGUCUAGAUGUACUGAAAGUUGUCAUCCAGGAUACACCAAGCUCACCAGAGAGGGAGCACCAAUUUGCUGCUAUGACUGUUCUCAUUGUGUAGAAGGAACAAUUUCCAUGCAAGAAGAUGCUGCUCAUUGCAAAAGGUGUCCAGAUGAUCAGUAUUCCAAUAAGAAGCGAGACCAGUGUGAUCCCAAAGUUAUAAGUUUCUUGUCCUAUGAAGAAACCUUAGGUCUAAUCUUGUCUAUUUCUGCCUUUAUUUUGUCUCUAACCACUGGUUUUGUUCUAUACAUUUUUAUUAAAUACCGGGAAACUCCCAUAGUCAAAGCCAACAACCGGGAUCUCACCUAUAUUCUUCUGGUCUUUCUCCUCCUUUCCUUCUUGGCCUCCUUCCUGUUUAUUGGUCAUCCCCAAAAAAUAACCUGCCUUCUUCGGCAAACCAUUUUUAGUAUUGUUUUCUCAGUUGCUGUAUCUUCCUUGUUGGCCAAGACUAUAAUGGUGGUGGCAGCAUUUUUAGCUACAAAGCCAGGCAGCAGGAUGAGGAAAUGGCUGGGGAAGCGUCUGGCCAACUCCAUUGUCUUAUUUUGCUCAGGGGUUCAGAUAGGAAUCUGCAUCAUAUGGCUUGGACUUGCUCCCCCAUUCCCAGAUGUUGACAUGCAUUCUCAACCAGGACAGAUCCUGAUACAAUGUAACGAAGGCUCAGUUGCCAUGUUCUACUCUGCCCUUGGCUAUAUGGGAUUUCUGGCUGUUGUCUGCUUCUUGGUGGCUUUCCUGGCCCGCAAGCUGCCAGGGACUUUCAAUGAAGCUAAACUGAUUACCUUCAGCAUGCUGAUUUUUUGCAGUGUCUGGAUCUCCUUUGUCCCCACCUACCUGAGCACAAAAGGAAAAUACAUGGUGGCUGUGCAGAUCUUCUCCAUCCAGACCUCCAGCCUGGGUUUACUGGGCUGCAUCUUUGUCCCCAAAUGUUACAUCAUUGUCCUGAAACCUCACAUGAACAUGAAGGAGCAUCUCAUGAUGAAAAAAAAUGAGGGAGGCUGA